AUGGAUUUCUUGAUGUAUUGCAAGGGCAUCAGGGCCAGACACUCCGAGUACCUCCCGGGCACUUUCAAGCAAACAUCCCCGGAGAACCCCCGUCGCGGUCUCCCAGGCCAGAAUUCUAGCUCCUGGGUGAGGCCGGACAUGACCAGACAUCCAAAAUCAGGCUCAAGGCAUCGCUGCGGACUUGAGCUCUCUCUCAUGCGAUUGCCUAGCAGAUUCGCAAAAGUAAUGUUUCCUGACUUAGGUCAACCGUCGAAUCCUAGCUCGUCCCUUGGUGAUCCUUCAGCAGGCACCUCCUCCGAUCAAGGACAGCGCAGUAGAAGCACUGAAGGGUCGCGAGGGACGUGCUCUACCUCUUUUCUGGAAGAUGUGGGACUGUCGAGCACAUCUUCGCCCACUACCGACCUAUGUGAACCAUUCAGUGCGCCCUGGUCGUCCAACUGGUUGGAGUUCGCAGCUAUGCCAAUUGCGAGCCGUCGACAGUCCUGUUAA